AUGUCGAACUUAGUUAAAAAAGUGAAGGCAUGGCGUGGUGUGUCCGACAGGCGUGAAGAUCUAUCACGGAGCCAGUACUCCUUGGUAUCCAGCGGAGAUCUGACUGCUGGCGCUCUGCAACUCUGGCUCGGGUUACCUGACGAGGUCAAGUACGAUCCUGCGCUUGAACAGUUCAAGCAACAUUACGAAAAAGAACAUGGUGGAGUAGAUUGCACAGGGUUAAAGCCCCAAAGUAAUGGAACAACAUUAUCGACCAGACGUCUACCGUGUGUGGCUUCAGCACCACAUCUGAACAAUAAUUUCCACGUACUGAAAGAAGAUGUCGUCUUCAAAGAAAAGAAAUGUACAGCCAACGGGGAGAACGAGAAAAAAAUACUUGAAGAUGACACAAAACCGAAGGAAAAGUCAAAGAUGGUGCAAGUCCGUCAUAUGAUCAAGCUAACGAUACUGGUCGCGGUAUGGCUCUUCUUUACAAUUGUGUUCCUCAUGUAUAACGAAAAGGAGGAAAUCACCAGGUACUCCUCAGUUGCACCAGAAGAAGUUAAAAGUUAUGUUAUCAAAACAAAUCAAGAUGUGAGAUCACUUCUCGUGACACUACGAGGACCAUUCUUAUCAGAGCAGAAUGAGAAGAAACUAGACGAAAAUGACAAGCUGAAUAGAACCGUGAUGAGCGUCUGGAUUGAGAAGUGGCUGGUGAAUAAUGGAACCGAGAAUGUUACACCGGGGAAUGCAAUUAAUAUUCAGAAAGCCCACCCAUGGGCAAUAGUUCUGGAUUCAGAAGACAAAAUCGACUUUACGCAAGGGGAAACCCGAACUUCAAUCCUUCACUGGGUACCAGAGAAAGUAAAUAAGAACACCGUCAGAGCUUCAUCAAACCACAGUGUCUUCGCCAUCAGAAUGAGCAGUUCUUCAAACAUCACCACGCCGUUCACCUUAGGCUACACAGUAGAUCCUCUAGAUAUGUCUACUGGGGUGAUACAGUCUUGUAUCCUGCUGUGUGCGUUGUACGCACUCAUCAUUUUUGAGCUGAUCAACCGGACCAUGGCGGCAGUGAUUGUAUCCACAGCUUCCUUGGCAGUACUAGCUUUAGCUGGUGAAAGGCCGUCUCUAGAGGAAGUGAUCUCCUGGCUGGACGUGGAGACACUCUUGUUGCUGUUCAGUAUGAUGCUGAUAGUCGCUAUCAUGUCUGAGACUGGGUUAUUUGAUUUCUUAGCUGUUUUCACUUUUGAAGUAACAAAAGGAAAAAUUUGGCCCCUAAUCACCCUACUGAGCGCGAUUACAGCUAUCCUGUCCACCUUCUUGGAUAAUGUCACAACAGUAUUAUUAAUGACACCAGUUACUAUAAGACUCUGUGAAGUAAUGGACCUGGACCCCAUCCCAGUGCUGAUGUCGAUGGUGUUGUACAGCAAUAUAGGGGGCACCGCCACUCCUGUAGGGGAUCCCCCUAACGUCAUCAUAGCUUCCAACAAAGCUGUUAUUCAAGCUGGAAUAAACUUCACAAAUUUCACAUUACAUAUGACUCUGGGCAUCCUUCUAGUGUGUGUCCAGACUUACUUCCAAUUCCGGUUCAUCUACAGAGACGUGAAUAAGCUGCGGACGAAUGAACCAAGAGAAAUUCAGGACCUUCGCCACCAGAUCUCAAUCUGGCGUCGUGCAGCAGAUUCCCUUCCGCAUCUAUCUCGUGACGAGCUGGUGGUUCGAGAACGGCUCGAGCGCAAAGUGAGGAAGCUCACCGCGAGACUGGAUGCCCUUGUAUUGGAGUCUCGGCGCAGAGCGUGUCCUAAAGACUGCUUUGAGACUAUGCUGGCUGAUAUGAAGACCAAGUACAUGAUAAGAGACAAGAUGCUCCUGGUGAAAGCAUCUGUGGCUACUGUGUUCGUCGUUCUUGUUUUCUUCUUGCACUCCAUACCUGAGUUUAACCGCGUGUCCUUAGGCUGGACAGCGCUUCUGGGCGCCCUGCUGCUGUUGGUGCUCGCUGACCGCGAGGACCUGGAACCAGUGUUGCACAGGAUCGAGUGGUCUACUCUACUGUUCUUUGCAGCACUCUUCGUACUCAUGGAAGCACUAUCGAAAUUGGGACUGAUCGAGUUCAUCGGAGGCCUCACUGAGCAUGUGAUAUUCCAAGUGGAUGAGAGUGCCAGGCUGGCUGUCGCUAUCACAUUAAUGCUGUGGGUUUCAGGAAUCACUUCAGCAUUCGUGGACAACAUACCACUGACUACGAUGAUGGUCAGAGUGGUCACGUCGCUUGGCAACAACCCAACUCUGAACCUACCAAUGAUGCCGUUGAUUUGGUCGCUGUCGUUUGGGGCCUGUUUGGGAGGUAACGGCACUUUGAUUGGCGCCAGCGCUAACGUGGUAUGCGCAGGAGUUGCAGAACAGCACGGCUACCGGUUCACCUUUAUGCAAUUCUUCAAAAUCGGCUUCCCCAUCAUGUUGGGACACCUCGUAGUCGCCAAUUUCUACCUACUGAUGUGUCAUUGUGUAUUAGAAUGGCAUUAG